AUGGCCUGUUUAUCUUAUCAGGCCAGGCUCAAGCCUGAUAAUCAGCCUUUUAGGCCUGUUAGGCCGUCACUCCUACUCUCCCGGUCUCCCCGCUCACGCUACCGUCGCCACUCGCCCGUCUCUUCUUCAAUCUUCAGUUCUUCGACUUUGGAGUUUGGACGGUCCCAUUUCAUUUUCGCCGAAAACAGACUACGCUUAAUCCUUCCAGCCCAAACAGCGUACAGUGGAAGUUCCAGGCUUCUCUACUCUCUGGUCGGCGCUCGGCAACAGAAAAUAGCAGACGGCAGAACUCAGAAGCUAGUCGACGGCGGUGCACGGGCUGAUAGCGGCACAUUCAGCCUGAUUGAUUCUUUUAUGGUUCAAACUUCUGAUCUGCCGACGCCGUGCAAAGACCCCGGUGAUUUAGCCUUGUUUGUUUGCAAAUUUGUCUCCCAAAGCUCUCAGCCUCUCACUUACAUUCAGAAGUUGCAGUCCGAGUUAACAUUGGCAGAACAAUUAAUGUCAACUCCACUUGGAAGUGAAACAAUGUCAUCCAAUUCAGUUCCUCCUAAUACAAAUGCAAUUGAGGUCAAUCAACAAGCACCAACAGAUUCUAGUCAACAAACUAAUGAUGAGAAUAAUGGUGGUGAUUGUAUCAUUCAGAAAAAGAGACGAAAGACUUCAGGUAUUUGGGAGGAAAUGGAUCAAGUUGAAACUGAUAAUGGGCUCAAAGGUAGAUGCAAGUAUUGCAAACAACUAUUUGCAUACUCAGGCAAGGGAGCUAGCACUUCCCAUCUUUGGAGGCAUGUUGGAUCUUGCUUGCAAAGGAAGUUGCACACUUCUUCACAACAAAAGCAACCCACCAUUCCAUUCCAACCUUCUAAUCAGAGUGUUAAUCCAUUUAUAGCACCUGGUGCGAGAUAUUCUAAUGAAAAGAUGAGGGAAAUAAUGGCUACUGCAAUUAUGGUACACGAGCAUCCUUUUAACAUUGUUGAGGAUGAGGUCUGGAUGUGGGGCUUUCAGUAUGCAAAUUCUGAAUUUCAAAAAAUUUCUCGCAAGACGGCAAGAAGUGAUUGUUUGGCCAUAUAUGAGGCAGAAAAGAAACAAUUAAAAGCUCUAUUACAAGGUGUGAGCAAGAUUAGUUUGACCACUGAUAUGUGGAAAUCAGCUCACCAAGUAGCUGAAUACAUGGUUAUCACUGGUCAUUUCAUAGAUGCGGGGUGGAAUCUGCAAAAGAGGGUUUUGAGUUUUGUAAAAGUUCCUGCUCCUAGACGGGGAAUUGACGUGGCAGAUGCUAUUUUCAAGUGUUUGAAGGCUUGGGGGAUUGAAAACAAAGUAUUUUCUAUUUCAGUUGACAAUGCUUCUUAUAAUGAUUCUUGUUUGAGGGCUCUUAAAGAUACCCUAUCACUUAGUAGUUCAUUGCCUCUUGGUGGUAGUUUGUUUCAUGUUAGAUGUUGUGCACACAUACUAAAUUUGUUGGUGCAAGAUGGCCUUGGUAGAAUUAGGGACAUCAUACAUAAUGUCCGUGAGAGUGUGAAAUAUAUUAACUAUAAUGAUUCAAGGCUGAAAGCAUUUUGUGAUGUUGUUGAGCAGAAACGGUUGAAGGAAAAGAAGCUCAUCAUUGAUUGUCCAACAAGAUGGAAUUCUACAUAUAAGAUGUUGUCUACUGCUUUGAAGUUCAAGGUUGUCUUUCCUGCUUAUAAAGAAAGAGAGCCACAUUACAACUAUGCACCAUCAGAAGAGGAUUGGAAUAAGGUUGAGAAGAUUUGUAAACUUUUAGAAGUGUUCAAUCUAGCAACCCAUGUCAUCUCAGGUAGUGAGUAUCCUACUGCAAAUUUGUACCUUCCUGAAGUUUGGAGAGUGAAACAAGUAAUUGAUAAUGCCAUAGAAGAUGAUGAUUUCUUCAUUACAGACAUGGCAUCCUCAAUGAAAGAGAAGUUUGACAAAUAUUGGGGGGAAUGUAAUAUGUUAAUGGCUAUUGCAAGUGUUCUAGAUCCGAGGUGCAAAUUGUUGGAAAUUGUGCCCUAG